AUGGCCAACCCUGCAUUCUGUGCAGAAGAAAAGCGAGUUCAGUGUAACAGGAAGUACAUGUGUGUAUUUGUGUUUAUGCUGUUAUUCUCGUUUGUGGAACCGGAAGAAGAGCAGUGUCCAACAUCAUGUAAAUGUGCAUCUGCCUAUGUCUACUGUCGCAAUCAACUACUUACCGAGGUUCCGACUGCCAACAUAUCUCUUGGAACUAGGGGAAUUGAUCUAUCUAAAAAUAACAUUCGUAUGAUCGAGACGGAAUCCUUUCCAAACCUGACCAGCCUACAAAGAUUGAUUCUAAACCGCAACGCCAUAUCUAUUAUUGAACCACGUGCAUUUCAGCACAUGUCGGCUCUCACCAUUCUAUACCUGUCUAACAAUCUCAUGACUGACGUGAGUUUCAUGAGCCUCCUCCCGAAGAUCUUCUUGAUCGCGAUUUCAAAUUUAAUCCAGUCAUUGGCUAUCAAGGAUUCUCCCUUUGUGGUUUUCGAUUCCCUUGACAUAUCCUUUAAUUUCAUUAGAUCUUUUGCAGACAGUUGUGUUGUCAUCACUGAUCUAUCUGCCGAUUCAUGCGGGAUCAGGGUUUUUGACAUACCAGAAUCCCAGACAGCGUAUGCUGUGCGUACGAUCACCAUGAGAAACAACUUCAUCAGGUCUCUUCCAGAUCUAAGUGGUCUCCCCCGCCUUCAGCUUCUAGAUCUGCAAAACAACCUCAUCCAAAGAGCUGCCCAUGUUAUACCACACAAGCUCAAAUCUCUGUCACUUGACAACAACUCACCCAGCUCUCUUCCGAAGAUCAGGCUUGGUCAAAGCCUCACAGUGCUCAAGAUAGGUAGAAAUCGCAUCGAGUCACUUGUUGGGUUUGGUGACACUAACGCAUUAGAGAUCCUUGACUUGAGUAACAAUUCUUUACAAGAUGUAUCCCACAUACCUAUAAUGGACGGACUUAAAUAUGUAACGCUUUCCCAUUGUAAUCUUCAUGGUAAGAGCAUGUUUCAUUCGCUGUACAUGGAUAAUGUGACCCUCUUCCAUCGACGUGAUGCCAGCAACGAACCACUUAAUCUCACGUUGGCACUUGACAGGGAACUAUUCCUACGAUACAACUCCUUUAUCACCAUUCCAUCAAUUAAAGCGAUGCAUGUUGCGGAACUAGAUCUGUCAUUUAAUAACAUCAACCUUCUGGAGCGAGAUUCUUUCAAGUUGACACCAAGAAUCUCGUAUUUGAAUCUCAAGGGUAAUGCCAUCACAAGCAUACAAAUGCAUGCACUGAGAUUCAACAUGCACCUUGUCUUGGUAAACCUCGAGGACAAUCACCUUCAGGUCAUCGGCCAUGAAGCACUUGUGAAGAUGGGCCACUUUGAUCUCCUGCUCGGUAACAAUGACCUUGUCAAUAUCUCACCCCUGACCCUGCCAGAAGUCUCUCGUUCCAUUUCUUUCGAUCCCAAUCCUUGGCGCUGUGACUGUUCCCUGCAUCCAUUGUACAGAUGGUACAUGCGUUCCAACGAAAACACGUUGACCUGUUGGACACCAAUACAUCUUCGAGGAAGGACCCUUGCCACACUGACGGAUGAGGAGCUAUGUCCGCUGAUCAGGAACGUCAGCAACGAAAAUGAUAUUUCUGACAGCGUAUGCUGUGCGUACGAUCACCAUGAGAAACAACUUCAUCAGGUCUCUUCCAGAUCUAAGUGGUCUCCCCGCCUUCAGCUUCUAGAUCUGCAAAACAACCUCAUCCAAAGAGCUGCCCAUGUUAUACCACACAAGCUCAAAUCUCUGUCACUUGACAACAACUCACCCAGCUCUCUUCCGAAGAUCAGGCUUGGUCAAAGCCUCACAGUGCUCAAGAUAGGUAGAAAUCGCAUCGAGUCACUUGUUGGGUUUGGUGACACUGACGCAUUAGAGAUCCUUGACUUGAGUAACAAUUCUUUACAAGAUGAACUAUUCCUACGAUACAACUCCUUUAUUCCCAUUCCAUCAAUUAAAGCGAUGCAUGUUGCGGAACUAGAUCUGUCAUUUAAUAACAUCAACCUUCUGGAGCGAGAUUCUUUCAAGUUGACACCAAGAAUCUCGUAUUUGAAUCUCAAGGGUAAUGCCAUCACAAGCAUACAAAUGCAUGCACUGAGAUUCAACGUGCACCUUGUCUUGGUAAACCUCGAGGACAAUCACCUUCAGGUCAUCGGCCAUGAAGCACUUGUGAAGAUGGGCCACUUUGAUCUCCUGCUCGGUAACAAUGACCUUGUCAAUAUCUCACCCCUGACCCUGCCAGAAGUCUCUCGUUCCAUCUCUUUCGAUCCCAAUCCUUGGCGCUGUGACUGUUCCCUGCGUCCAUUGUACAGAUGGUACAUGCGUUCCAACGAAAACACGUUGACCUGUUGGACACCAAUACAUCUUCGAGGAAGGACCCUUGCCACACUGACGGAUGAGGAGCUAUGUCCGCUGAUCAGGAACGUCAGCAACGAAAAUGAUAUUUCUGGUGAAGAAGCGCCAGAUAUUCUAAGCAAUGGGGCAAAGAAACUAGAGUUAAAGAAAGGUAUUCAAAUCCUUGCAGGGGUGCUGUUCAUUUCGAGAUUCCCUAGGCCGCGAUUCGUGCAAGGUUGA